AUGCAAGUAGCAAAGCCAACGCAGCCAACCCUGUUGAGUCGAUUGGAACAUAUUGGAACCACAAAGGGUACCUAUAGCCUGUAUUCAUUACAAUCAUAUGAGUCAUGUUGGUUCCCUCGUUCAUUCAGACUACAAAAUCCAAUCAAUUUCCCCUCUCAUGUGCGACCAGCUCAAGGUCAUGUGCAGCAGAUUUCCUCCACAUUUGAAGCCUUUGCAGCCUUGCGCUCGGAUGGCCAAGUGAUUUGUUGGGGCGAUCCCUUCUUCGGCGGGAACGGCGACAGCAGCGGAGUGGAGUUGACCAACAUCCAACUGAUCCAGUCCACCAGUUGGGCAUUUGCAGCCUUGCGUUCCGACGGCACCGUGGUGACUUGGGGCUCUGCCAAUCUGGGCGGUGUGGUCUCGGAGCAAGUCCAAGCGCAGCUGGUGGACGUGGAGGGCAUCGAGUCCAACGGUUGGGCGUUUGUGGCGCUGCGCUCCGAUGGCUCUCUGGUGUGCUGGGGCGACGCGGAGUCCGGUGGCAUGGUGGAGGAGGUUUGGGCGCAGCGUGAGCUGGUGGAUGUGGUGGAGGUCAAGGGCACUGAGCGAGCGUUCACUGCGGUGAGAGCAGCGACCUGGCGACGUUAA